CAAACUAGGUCGAUCAAAGGAAACGAUUGCUACAAGUUAAGAAGAGGACAAGAUAGGGAACAAGGUGUCGGAUUCAUUUAAAACUCCCCUGCAUUUUCACAUGUUUCUUUAAGUAACUGACAGAGAUAAAAAUUAUUUAUGUACCAGCAAGCUAGAAGUCAUUUAUGCAAUCUAUUAACUAGAACUAUUCAGAUUUGUACUGCUAUUUCUAAUGGCGAAAAAUGUAAAGCUUGUCAUCCAGAGCUCAUAUGUUUUUCUGGAUAAUGGACUCGUAAGACUCACAAUAUUAAAACCACAAGGAAUAUUAGCUGGUAUAAAGUAUGGAGGAAUGGACAACCUUCUUGACCUUAAGUCAAGUGAAACGGGAAGAGGAUACUGGGAUAUUAACUGGAGCUUACCAGGAGGCCAGCCUAGAUAUCAACAGCUAAAGGGAUCAGUGUAUAACACAAUUCAUUCGAGUAAUGAUAAGGUAGAGGUUUCAUUCAAAAGCACUUAUAGUGCUUCAACUUCAGGCACCAGACUACCCCUUACGUACGACUUAAGGUACAUUCUGAAGAGUGGUGAUUCAGGAUUUUAUUGUUAUGGAAUAUACGAGCGCCCACCAGGAUGUCGUGCAUUUGAUCUUGCUCAAACCAGGAUGGUUUUCAAGUUGCAAAGGGAGAGGUUUCAUUACAUGGCUAUUACUGAUGAGAAGCAAAGAAUAAUGCCAAUGCCAGAGGAUAUGGAUGAUACAAGGAGCAAACAGCUAAUAGUGCCCGAAUCAAGAUUGCUUACGAAUCCCAUAAAUCCAGAUCUUAGAGGAGAGGUUGAUGACAAGUAUCAGUAUUCGAUGGAUAACAAGGAUUCUGGUGUUCAUGGCUGGAUUAGUUCUGGUCCUAUAAUCGGAUUCUGGGUUCUCUUUCCAAGCCAGGAGUUCCGCAAUGGUGGACCUACAAAGCAAAAUCUUACUGUUCAUACUGGACCUAACUGCCUAGCUAUGUUUCAUGGAACACACUACAUUGGAAAUGAUAUAUUAGCUCAUUUUGAAGAAGGGGAGACAUGGAGAAAGGUGUUUGGACCCUUCUUUGUCUAUCUUAAUUCGACCCCGAAUGUAUCUAAAGCAUACAACUUGUGGUCAGAUGCGAAAAAACAGAGGACAUCUGAAGAAUCAAAGUGGCCAUACGAUUUUGUUACAACGCCCUAUUAUCUAAAUGCUAGGGAACGCGGUUCAGCAUCGGGGAAAUUAUUUGUCCAAGACAGGUAUGUCUCUGAUUCUCUUAUACCGGCCCAAAAGGCAUACGUUGGGUUGUCAGCUGCAAGAACUGAAGGAUCCUGGCAAACCGAAAGCAAGGAGUACCAAUUUUGGGUGCCAACAGACUCCAAUGGAAUAUUUAGUAUUAAGAAUGUUGUUCCUGGAAUCUACGCGCUCCAUGGUUGGGUUCCUGGUUUCAUUGGAGACUAUCUUGAUCAGAAACUUGUUACCAUCACAGAGGGGUCAGAAACACAACUUGGAAAUUUGAUCUAUGCUCCCCAUAGAGAUGGUCCAACUGUAUGGGAAAUUGGCUAUCCAGACAGAACAGCUAUGGGCUUUUAUGUUCCUGACGUAAAUCCGAAGUAUGUCAACAAGUUGUUCCUACACAGCACUGAGAAGUACAGGCAAUAUGGAUUGUGGGACAGGUACACAGACAUGCACCCUGAAUCUGAUCAGGCUUUCACCAUAGGCAUUAAUGAUCCGAAGAAAGACUGGUUCUUCGCGCAUGUAGACAGGAGAGUAGGAGAGAAAUAUUAUCCAUCCACAUGGAGGAUCAAAUUCAACCUCAAAUCAGUAGCCACCGGAAUUUACAAGCUAAGAUUAGCUACAGCAUCAGUAAACCGUUCUGAUCUCGAGGUUCAUGUCAAUCAUAGAGAUAACCAUCAUCAAGUAUUUGAAGUUCAAAUGUUAGGGAUGGACAAUGCUGUUUGUCGGCAUGGAAUUCAUGGACUCUAUCGCCUUUUUAACAUUGACGUUUCAUCAGAAUUAUUGACAGUGGGAGACAACUCUAUACUUUUAACACAGGCAAGGGAAGGAGAUGCACUUUGCGGAGUACUCUAUGAUUAUCUAAGGCUGGAAGCUCCCAUAAACAAUUCAUGAUCAUGAAAAAGCACAGGUUUCUUGGAUAGCAGUACAAGUAAAGAAGUGUCUACUCUGUAUCAGAUAACAGAAUUAAAAGAGUGAAGCAAGCUGCUAAAAAAACAUAUACUGUGCUACAAGAACUGCCUACUGUUUGCUUCUGGUCUAAAGAUUCUUACUUUAAA